AUGGCUCACGUGGACGAAGCAGCCCGCCGGUUGUCCAAAACUGGAUCAACCCUCUAUGCAGUGCUGGAGCUUAAGAAGGGCGCUUCACCUGAAGACGUCAAAAAGGCCUACAGGAGACUGGCCUUGAAGUAUCAUCCAGACAAGAAUCCAGGGGACCCUCAAGCAGCAGAAGUAUUCAAGGAGAUCAACACAGCCCACUCCGUACUGAGUGACCCUAAGAAGCGGCAAAUUUACGACCGGCAUGGCUCAUUGGGAAUAUAUAUAUACGACCACUUUGGCGAAGAAGGCGUCACAUACUAUUUUACGCUGAAUAGUUGUUGGUUCAAGACGCUUGUCCUCCUGUGUGCUCUGCUUACCUGUUGCUGUUGCUGCUGCUGCUGCUGCUUUUGCUGUGGAGCACUUAAGCCACCACCCGAGGAAGCAGCUAAGAAAAAAUAUGAGCCAAAUGUCCAGAAUCAGCCUCCAAGGUCAGGACGCAGAGAACAUUUUAGAGGAGGGGAAGAUAAUUCUAGUGACGAUAAUUAUUAA